AUGUUCUUCCCCGUGUUGAUGAUGUGCAGCCUGCUCAACUCCGCCCUGUCCUUUGACCUGGGCCAGUCGACCCGCUGCGUGAGCAUCCCUCCAGAGAUGAGUGUCUGCCACGAUGUGGGGUACUCCGAGAUGAGGCUGCCCAACUUCCUGGGGCACACCAGCCUGGAGAACGAGGUCAUCCCCAAAUCUGAGGACUGGAGGCCCCUGCUGCAGACCGGCUGCCACCCUCAGGCCAGGACCUUCGUGUGCUCCCUCAUCGCUCCAGUCUGCCUUGACACCUUUAUCCAGCCCUGUCGCAGCAUGUGUGUGGCAGUGAGGGACAGCUGUGCCCCUCUGCUGGCCUGUCAGGGUCAGGCCUGGCCCAAGGCUCUGGACUGUGAGCGCUUCCCUGCUGAAGAGGACACGUGUCUCAGCCCGGUCUCCAAGGAGACGACACACUUCGACAAAGUUAUGCCCAAACCAACCUGCCAGGGAUGCCCGGCCGUGGAGGAGGCCUUUGCCUAUAAAAGAGUGCUGGAUGCUUUCUGCCAAAACGAUUUUGCAGUGAAAGUGAAAGUGACCCGACGGCGCUUCCCCUCCGAGGAGCCCGAGGUUGAGAUCGAGGGGCGUGUGGAGUUCAUCAGCCAGGGCCAGCUCCUGCCCUACGACACGCGCAGCCUUCUCCAGCAGUGGAUGCUGAUCAAUGAGAGCUGCGGGCAGAGGCUGACGCGGAGCGGGCGCUCCCUGCUCUACGUGCUCACCGGGGAUGUGCAGGCCGACGGCACGGUGUCCGUCAAGCGCAUCUUCCAGUGGCACAAGAGAGACACGCAGCUCACCCUGGCUGUGCGCAAGUGGAGGCACCACAAGUGCUGAGCAGCCAGGCCGGGGAGAGGCUGGGACGCACUGCGCUGGCUUCUCAGGGCUUUACUUGUGAGGUUGUGACGGAGCUGGGGCUCGCUAGCUGGGUGUCACAUGUGCCGGUUUAAUCAGUCCAGGCAAAAUCUGCAACAGCCUCCAGCAUAAACCUGAGAUUGUGAAAAACCAGCAGGGCUGCUCCAGGGAGGCUGACUACGAGAGGAAUGCACUCUGCACCACCACUAUUGUAAAUAUGAAUCAGAACUAGAAUUGUAAAUAAUAACUAUUAUAAUAUUAUUCUUGUAUAUUUGUAGUGUUGUCUGUAAGCAG